GCCUCCAGGGAAAGGCUUCAGGAGACACGAGUUCACUGCAGAGGUGCCAAUCUGUUAAACCAAGAACAGCUCUCUUUCAGGACAACGGAAGUAGAAGAGGCGCAAACGUGGAUGUUGUUCCCAGGGACAGGGCUCGGAGGAGUGGGGAACAUUUAUGAGGUGCAGACAUGGAAUUAAUGCUGUUGUGUUUCUUUGUUUAGCAGAGACCGACGCAGUUUCCGCGUGCGUUCAGCAUGACAUACCAGCCCGCUGGUCUGAACAGGUGCCUGAUAGCUUGUUACAAGCACUUCCUAAAGUUACUGUUUUGUGCCGGCUUUGCUGCCAUGCUGGGCAGGAAAGGCACCAGCUAGUGCAGGAAGCACACCCAUCCCUGUUCCCAGCUGGCCUGGGAUUCACAGCCAGGCUGCCUUAGUUUGGAUAUUUCUGUGGUUUAUUAUCAAACUUUGCUUUUCACUGGAGUUUUAAAAAGUAGCUGAAGCAUUCAUUCAGUGUGAGGGAUUUUAUGUCUGAGAUUGGAAAGGGUCCCAAACUUAAAAGGGCCUGUUCAUUUCUGUGUUUGCAACUGAGCCUCAUCAAAGACAUUAUUUUAUCCUAGAUUUUCAAAGUUUCCCUCUCUUUCAUUGGAGGUCAUAAACCAGAAGCUACCUGAAAGUUUUCUGGCUGUGAUGGUCAGGUUGCUUAAUUGUCCUAAGUCUCUGCAUAGCAGUAUCAAACUCGAGGCUUUGGCUAUUUUUGUAAUAAAAGCUGGAAGUCCAGUGCGUUUGGUAAUACUUGAUUAAAUUUCUGACUUGAGAAUGGGGAGGCAAAAGUAACUUCAGCCUCUGCUGUUGCAGGGUACAAAGACCUGAUUGUGGUUUAACACGAGCCUGAUGACUUUCCUGUGAGUGAAACUAACUCCUUGGAUUGGCAGCCCAGUCUGCAGCAUGGUCCUUUCUAGGCAGUUACAGUGCUGCAGCUGGCAGACAAGCCCACCUCCCAGUGCCCGCGUGGACGCGUGGGCUGGCAGCCGCCCAUCGCCGGUGGGUGCGAUGCAGGCUCCCAUGGCCUCCGUGUACGAUCCUCUGCAGAGCUCCGAGCUGCGGCGCAGGCACAGCACCUCCUCCAGCCCCAGCCAGGUCCGAGUGGGGCCUGGGCAGCUGAAGCAUGCGGCCCAGGUCUGCCCCAAAAGUCCUGUGGAAGUGGAGGUGCCGGGACUCAAAGUGCUGCACGUGCAGUUCAAUUCUCCCCUGCAGCUCUAUUCGCAGAGCAACAUCAUGGACACCCUGCAGGGGCAGAUCUCUUCUGUUAGCCCUGAUUUCCCCAGUUUAGAUCAGCAUAACCAGACCCUGGGCAACAUUGCCAUAGACAAACAAUCUGAGGUUUACAAGAUGCUGCAGGAGAAUCAAGAGUCAAAUGAGCCACCCAGACAGUCUGCUUCAUUUCUUGUGUUGCAAGAGAUCUUGGAGUCAGAGGAGAAAGGAGACCCUACCAAACCAUCUGGAUUUAGGAGCGUCAAAGCCCCUACCACAAAGGUGGCCUCAUCGAUUGGGAAUGCCCAGAAGCUGCCCAUGUGCGACAAGUGUGGAUCUGGCAUUGUAGGGAUGUUUGUGAAGAUCCGGGACAAGCAGCGUCACCCCGAGUGCUACGUGUGCAGCGACUGCGGCACCAAUCUCAAGCAGAAAGGACACUUCUUUGUGGAAGACCAGAUCUACUGCGAGAAGCACGCACGGGAACGGGUGAUUCCCCCAGAGGGCUACGAGGUGGUCACCGUCUUCCCAAAGUAAACAUGCUGCUCACAAAGCCAGUGUGGAUGAUUUAUCCUCUGCUGAUUCUCCUUGGAGAGCAUUAUCCCUACCCCCUGCAAAAUCUUGUUUGCAAUAAGGAAUGUUAGGCAUAGCUUUGAAUUUCCUUGUCAUUAUUAAUCCUCCAUCUGUUCACAUGAGAUGUCACUAAUUGUUCAACAUUCUUUUCAUCCUCUCUUUCACUUUUUUUUUUAAUAAACAAAUUUUUUUUCCCUUCAGUGUGCCAUCAAUCACACAGGAAAAUCAGAGGCCAAAGUCAGAUUACAACUUUUCUGUGUUCUAGUUAUUUGCCAUCUGUUUGCCUGCAAUAAAUGGGGUGAAUCCACAA